CUCCUCAACAAAACGUCGACGGCCCUUGGUAUAUUGGAUCUGCACCGUGCCCGUCUCUUGACAAACAGCUCCCCUGGGAGUCCCCGCCGCCAGCCAAGCCCACCAUGGCCGUCAUCGACACCUCCAAAGACUUGGCUGCUCUGUUCAGACAGCAGGCUCUCAAGACCCCGGACGCCCCUGCGUUGGAAGACCACACGGCCACAUAUACAUAUGCGGAGCUGGACCGCGAGGUGGACGCUCUUGCCCAGCGCCUGCGGAGCUACGGGGUGAGUCGAGACAGCCUGGUUGGCGUGCUGCUGCCGCGCAGUGCGCAUUAUGUGAUCGCCUGUUUGGCUGCCCUGCGUGCGGGGGGCGCGUUCCUGGUGCUGGAGCUGGCGUACCCGCCCGAUCUGCUGGCGGAUGUGCUCGACGAUGCCAACCCAGCCGUGGUGGUCACCCAUCGGGCGGAAGUCGGGAAGAUCAAAGCCAGCGUUCCGCUGGUCGUUCUUGACGAGCCGGCCAAGGAUGCCAACGGCCAUACCAAAGAGCCCGAGCCCUUGCCGUCCGACCAUGACUUGGACCGCCUGGCCUUUGUGUCGUAUUCGUCAGGUACCACGGGUAAACCCAAGGGAAUCGCGAAUCCGCAUCGCGCCCCCGUGCUUUCGUAUGAUCUGAGAUUUGACAUCCAGGAUCUCCAACCGGGAGACCGUGUCGCUUGCAACGUCUUCUUCAUCUGGGAGAUCUUGCGUCCCCUGCUGCGGGGAGCCACCGUCGUAGCGGUGCCGGACGAUGCGAGCUAUGAUCCCGCUGCGCUCGUCGACCUACUGGCCGCCAAGCGUAUCACCGAGACUCUGAUGACCCCUACCCUGCUGGCCACUGUCCUUGCCCGUCACUCCCGCAUCGGAGCCCGCCUGCCAGAGUUGCGCACUUUGUGGCUGAACGGAGAGGUGGUGAGCGCCGAUCUGGCCCGACGGGCCAUCAAAGCCCUUCCAAACACACGUCUUCUCAACUGUUACAGCGCCUGCGAGACUCACGAGAUUGCCUGUGGAGAUAUUCGGGAGAUGCUGGAUGACGAGGCCACUUACUGCCCCGUUGGCCCGCCCCUGGACCCUGAACACACAUACAUUCUGGACGAAAGUGGCCAGAAGGUCCCCGAGGGCACCAGCGGCGAACUCUUUGUUGGUGGUCCUCUCCUGGCUCGGGGAUACAUCAACCGGCCUGAGACCACGGCUCGGGCGUUCACGCCAGAUACCUUCAAUCCUACACCAGAUGCUCGUAUGUACAGAACCGGGGAUCUAGCGCGGAUUCUUCCGUCGGGACUGCUUGAGAUUACCGGUCGUGUUGGAGCCAUGAUCAAGCUCCGCGGUUACUCUGUUGUUCCUGGCAAGGUCGAAAAUGAUAUCGUCAAGCACCUCGCCGUCAGUCGCUGUGCUGUUGUGCCUCACGGUGAGGGCCUAGAGCGUCAGCUUGUUGCCUAUGUCGUCCGCGACAAUAAGGAAGCUUCCGCCGAUCGUCCUGCUCUCGAGGUCAAUGAAUCAGGCCACAGCCCUGCGGCGCGUCGUAUCCUUUCGCCCUAUCUGGCACUCUAUAUGAUCCCAGCUCUGUGGGUGGAACUGGAUGAGCUCCCCACCCACGAGGUCUCGGGCAAGGUCGACCUAAAACACCUCCCCCCGCCGCCAACUCCGAGCCCCGUCAAUGGCACCAGCCCGGCUGCUGGAAAGGAAAAGGACCCGGUCAAUAUUGAUGAGGUCGCUUUGAUCUGGGCAGCAACCCUGAAAACUUCACGGUCGCUCUUGAAGCCGACCGAUGAUUUCUUUGAUCUGGGUGGACAUUCCCUCUCGCUUGCCGAUCUUGCUUCCAGACUGUCGAAAGUCUUCGGCUUCGCUGUCCCCAUUGCUCGUCUUGCAGACAAUACAACCCUCAACGGUCAUCUGGAAACAAUUCGUGCGAUCAGAGAUGGACAUACUGCGGCAGUGCAAGCAGACCUACCAGCUGUCUUACGUGCAGACGCCGCUCUCGAUGAAGACAUCAGACCUUCGCCAAGUGUGCAGAUCUGUUCGGUCAACGACGCCAAUACGAUCCUCUUGACCGGUGUCACUGGGUACCUGGGUGCCUUUCUACUGAACGAUCUGUUGGAGAGCACUUCGGCUCACAUCAUCUGUCUGGUCCGUUUCAACAAUCCCGAAGAUGAUGAUAGGGCCGGCGGUGUGGCCAGGAUCCGCCGGAACCUGCUUGACAUGGGCCUCUGGCGCGAUUCGAUCAUGGAGCGUGUCGAGGUGCUCCCGGGCAACCUUUCUCGAUCUCGCUUUGGUCUCUCGCGGGAAGCCUUUGGAGAGCUCGCCGAACGUGUCCAGGUCAUCAUCCAUGCCGCUGCGACCGUGAACCUGGUGUACCCAUAUGCCGCCCUACGAGGCGCUAACGUGGGCGGGACGCGAGAAAUCCUGCGUCUGGCAUGCAAGGCAGGCGCCACGGUGCAAUAUGUGUCCACCAACGGAGUCUUGCCCCCGUCUGGUGAGAGUGGCUGGCCCGAGACGACUAUGCUCGAUGUCGACGACGUUCCCGCCAAGUUGCUCGAUGGAUACGGACAGACCAAGUGGGUUGCCGAGCAGCUCGUUCUCGAGGCCGGCCGUCGAGGAUUGCCAGUGAAAAUCCACCGAGCGGGCACAAUCAGCGGGCAUAGUGUCACCGGCGCUGCAAAUGCCUGGGAUCUCCUGUCCGCGUUGAUCGUGGAGUCAGUCAAGCUCGGCUAUGCCCCCGACGUCGAGGGCUGGCGUGCUGAGAUGACUCCCGUGGACUUUGUUAGCAAGGCCAUCAUCCACCUCGCCAAUCAAACCCAGGCGGAACAGGUCGUGUUCCACCUCGGUGACCCGAACCCUGUCGAUACACGAGCCGUUUUUGACGCCCUGAACGAGCUCGGAUACCCCACCCAGCGGCUCGGCUGGGAUGAGUGGGUUGCGCUGUGGACCUCCAAACGAGGCAACGUCAAAGGUGGUGACGGUGCCUUCACGGUCGACAUUCUUCGUAGUGGCAUGCCGACGGUCGAGUUCCUCCGGGGCAUCGUCGUACUGGACAACGCCGCCACGAGACCCUUCCGCUCGGCCGUUGAACGGCCCAAGGUCGACCGCGUUCUGCUGGAGACGUACACGCGUCAUUGGUUCGCCAGGGGCUGGCUCCCACGGCCCCCAGCACAGCAGAGUGCCCUCAACGGAACUGCAAAGCCUGCCUCCCGUGGCCCGCUGAGCGGCAAGGUUGCCGUCAUCACCGGUGCGUCUUCUGGCAUUGGAGCCGCAGUCGCGGCCGCUCUAGCAAAGGAAGGCUGUCACGUCGCACUUGGUGCUCGGCGCCUCGAGGUUCUCGAAGCCACCAAGCGCAAGCUCGCGAUCCACGAAGGCAAGGUGGUCAUCCGCCAGACCGACGUCACCGACAAGGCACAGGUCGAGGCCCUCUUCCGUGCAGCCAAUGACCAGCUCGGACCCGUCGACAUUCUCGUCGCCUGCGCUGGGGUCAUGUACUUCACUAUGAUGGCAAAUGUGCAGACAGACGAGUGGGAGCGCACCGUCGAUGUGAACUGCAAGGGUCUUCUCCACUGUCUUUCGUCCAUCGUGCCGGGCAUGCUCUCGCGCGGUAGCGGUCACAUCGUCGCCAUCUCGUCCGACGCGGGCCGUAAAGUGUUCCCGGGCCUGGGCGUCUACUCGGCCAGCAAGUUCUUCGUCGAGGCCACGCUGCAAUCGCUGCGGCUCGAAACGGCAGGCAGUGGACUGCGCGUGACCAGCGUCCAGCCCGGUAACACGGCGACGGAGCUUUUAGGCAUGUCCACGGAUGCCGAGGCGAUCAAAAAGUACGGAGAGCCCACUGGGGCACAGAUCCUCGACCCAGAAGAUGUCGCCAACUCGAUCGUCUACGCGCUGCGUCAACCAGCACACGUCGCUGUGAACGAGAUUCUGAUAGAACCGCGAGAUGAGCCGAUCUAGACAAGCAUCGUUUCUCUUAGAUUUCUUCCUUCCUCUCUUGCUCUAUUUUCGGCCUUUUCUUCGACCACGAUCUGUCUUGCUAGUAACGAUCUUUUUUGUUUGCUAAUGGCUAACAGGAGUUGCUUUUACCAUGGUAUAUUUUAGACGAGAGGAUAUACGUACAUAUCAAUCACUGCAGGGAUAGAUACUAUCCUAAAAAAUGAC